CUGCGUGCGGGAGAGCAGAGGAUCCUAUCAGAUCCACGCUGCGAGUAAUGGCCAGUAGUUCUCAACAAGCGCCGCGCUGUUUCAUUCCCUCCCUUCAGUGCGUGUUUCACCUUGGGCCACCAAACCAUGGGCGACCCCGUUCUUCAUUCCACCAUUUCCACCAUUUGCUCCACAUUCUUCCAUGCAAGCCCCCUCCAUUAUCAUACAAUCCCGCCAACUCUCUUUUUUUCUCGCGUGGAUUGCUCGGCUUCUGACCCUCAAGGGGUUCGCCUUUUCCCUGUGAACUGUCGUUCGUUUCUACUCCAAAUUACCUCGUCUUUCCUUAUUCCCAUUGUGGCCGAUAUUUCGUCUCUUUCUCUCUCUCUCUCUCUCUCUCUCCCUCUCUCCUGUGCUUAUCAGCAAUUGCGAUCGGUGUUGCAACCGCAGCAGCACGCGCCAGGACCCCCCUUCCCCUAUCUUGGCACGUUCGCCCUACCCACUGAAGCUAGCCGCCAACGUCGCAGUUCAAGCGUCACCAUAAUCUUUUACAACACUUCAAUGGCUAUUCAGAAUGGGUCCGCAGUGAUUGACAGGUCGCUCGUUUGACCUCGGACUCCAGCAAUCUCUCAGCGGUUAUGCGCGAUUGUUGUCGAUAGUCGCUGGCCGUACUGCUGACGCUUUCCUCUCUUUCCUUGGCGCGGUCUCGUACAUAACAAUUUCGAGAUCCUGGCUUCCUCUCACUCUCACACUACA